AUGUACUCUGCAUAUGACGAGGUGUCUGCCACCGACUACACGGUAGAGGGAAUGACCUUUGAAAGCCUCUCCGACUUUGACUUUGACGGUGAGGAGACGGACGAUGUGUUGGUGGGCCACGGCAGGACGACGACGACGGCGACCACCAGCAAGUAUGGUGCCCACCAUGAUGACCUCGACUACCAUGAUCUUGAUCUAGACUUUAUUGAUGAUGAUGGUGGUGAUGAUGUCUCCAAUGAUACUCCGCCGCAUCAUGCUGUGUCGUCCAUCGGGACUCCGGUCCCCUCGCUCCUUGCGUCAGAGACGGAGGAGAGCACAGAGCUGGAGGCCUCGCUGCUAGCGGCUGAGGAGGCUGCAGCCGACGGCUAUGGCUCGGGUCGCAUGGGGCCAGAUGUUUACUACACCGCGGGGAUCACUGCCGACGGCGCGCGGCAUGUGGCGCAGCCGGGCAGUCGCCGCACCGCCCGCGAUGAGGCGUAUGCGGGCGGAGGCGUAACUCUCCGCGACAAGCUCGAGCUCAAGCGCAAGUUCUACGCCGAAAAGUUCCGCGUUCGCUCGCCGGCCGAGAUCCGCGCGGCGGCAAGUGGCGAUAGCGUGCCGCGGAGCCACGUGGCAGGCAACGGGCUGGCCGAAGUGCUCUCGCCGGAGCAACGCAACAUGCUUACACUCGCGCAGUCGACGCCCGACGUGCGACCGCUGCUCUCCGAAGCCGACUUUGCCCGGGCGCCGCGGGCUGCGGCGCAGGCCGAGAGUGCGCUGGCGAGCGUCGACUCGCCGCGGGCGGCAUCGGGCCGCGGCACCCCGCGCUCGCUCCGCACCGGCUCGCAAAGCUCACGGACCCGGCGGCGGCAUGUGGCCAAGCUCGAGGCGCAGGAGGCAGAGCAAGCAGUCAUCGAGCGCAAGGUCGAGCUGGAGAUGCGGCGAAUGGAGCUCGAGGCGACGCUCUCACGCUCCAAGCGCAAGGUGCUCAAGCAGCGCAAGCUGCUGACCAAGACGACGGUGCCCGAGCCAAUUUCGUCGUCGCUGGCGGGCCGGUCCAAGGCGCGGGAGGAAGCGCGGAUCGAGAACAAGCGCAAGAUUGCGCGGCGGCGCGCGUUUGACGCUGCCACUCGUGAGUGCCGCCAAGUCGUUGGCCAGGCUGUCACCCCGCUGGUCCGCAAACCCGAGACCGCGGCGCAGAUUCUCGAGUCGCAGACCGAAACAGCCACCGCCAUCCACUCGCUCAAGACCCAAGACCAGAUCCGGACCAACGCUGUCCGCAUCUCGUCGGCAUCGGCCAAGCGGCUGCAGCUCGAGACCGCGCACCUGCUCCGAAAGCUGGAAAACACGCCGUCGGCUGUGCGCCAGCGGGCGCAGGACCGCCACGCCGCGCGCCUUGCGCGCGCGCAGUCUCGCCGCCGCCAACCACCGGCCUGUGCCGAAACAACAACCAAAACGUUUGAGAGCUCGCGCAAGAUUGCGCUCCGCAUGCGCGAGCAGCUCGCCGAGCGCGAGAACCCUCCGCCGCACAAGCCGCUUCGUGUUCGCCCGCUUCCAGACGAGGUUGCAAAACGUCUCGUUCCCGAGCCAAAGCGCAACGUCGAUGGUCUCACCCGCAAGGAAGAAGUUGAGGCUCGCGCUGCUGCCAAGGCCGCCGGAAAGACCUACGUCCCGUCCCGGCAGCCGGAGGUGUCUGUGGCAACCCCGUCGCGGACGCCGCCGCCCAAAAAGCGAAAGGCCGCUAGCAAAAAGGAGGUUGUGCCCGAUCCUAAGCCCAAGUCGGAGCCCAAGUCGGAGCCCAAGUCGGAGCCCAAGUCGGAGCCCAAGUCGGAGCCCAAGUCGGAGCCCAAGUCGGAGCCAAAGGCAGAGCCAAAGGUGGAGACGCCUGAAACGCCCGAACCAAAAGCCAAGGCCAAGGCCGAGCCGGCUGCUGUCGAACCGGAACCGGCGCCAAAGCCCGAGCCAGUGCUAGAGUCAGAGCCAGAGCCAAGCGGGUCGAUUUCGCUGGGAUCAGACGACCUCGACCUUGGCGACGUGGACAAUGUGAGCAGCGGCAAUCUCGACCUCGACGAGGUGCCUGAUGACGAUCUCGGACUUGAUGACGGCGAGGCCGGUGCCGACGAACUGGAUCUUGGCGACUCGGACGAUCUGGGUCUCGAUGGCUCGGACGACCUAGGUCUCGGCGGCUCGGACGAUCUGGACCUCGGCGGCUCGGACGAUCUGGACCUCGGCGGUUCGGACGAUCUGGACCUCGGCGGUUCGGACGAUCUGGACCUCGGCGGCUCGGGCGGCGACGGCUCGCUCGGCUCGCUCGACCUCAACUCGUCAGACGAGGCGCUGCUCGACGACGACGGCUCGCUCGACCUCAACCUCGACGACGACGACCUCGACCUAGACUUGUAGCCGUAGGCAGAGAAAGAUGGUUUACACAAGCUUGCUCAGG